AUGAAUCUCAUCAUAUCUUCUGUCGCAGCUACGGCCCUGAUUUCCCUAAUCCUUGUAUUUAUUACAUUUUGACUCCCAUCACUCAACCCAGACAACGAAAAAUUAUCCCCAUAUGAAUGCGGCUUCGACCCUCUUGGAAAUGCACGUCUCCCAUUCUCCCUACGCUUCUUCCUCGUAGCUAUCUUAUUCCUACUAUUUGACCUAGAAAUUGCCCUCCUUCUCCCUCUACCCUGAGGAAACCAAUUAUUAUCUCCGCUCCAUACACUAUUUUGAGCAAUAACCAUCUUAAUUCUGCUCACCCUGGGCCUUAUUUAUGAAUGACUUCAAGGAGGAUUAGAGUGAGCAGAAUAG